CUGGUGCUGGGCUUGCUGAUCAAGUUGAAUCGAGCCUCAAAGUGGGUGCCGGGAUUGUCGGGUGUGUGCAUGCUCUUCGGUUCGCUUUUUGGCGUCCUUUUUUCCGCGCUCCCUACAAGGUAUCGUCAUGGAUGGCACGCCAGCGAUCUGCAGUUCCAUCCAGACCUGUUUUUCUACUUGCUGUUGCCACCGAUAAUAUUCGAGGCCGGUUUUUCGCUUGACCGCAGACUUUUCCGGUCCUGUCUCUUCGAAAUUCUGCUUUUUGCUGUGGGCGGGACAGUUAUCACGGCAUUUCUCGUGUCGAAGGGACUCUUUUAUUAUGGCUAGAAGUUGAAAGCAGCGUGAUCUGUACAUCGGCAUCUUUCAAGCGAGAAUUUGCAUAAACAAAAAAUAUGAUGCUACUUUGGAGGACGAGUGAACAAAGAAACACGCGAAAAUACAAGAUGGCUUGAAAGUGGAUUGCAGUGUUUACUCGUUGGUCUUCUAAUGUUGCCUCCGUGCGCAUCCGAGUUUGAAUAAUACGCUGGUGUGUGACCUGUUCGGCGCUCUGAUCGCGGCAACCGAUCCGGUGGCGACGAUAGCACUGCUCAACCGUUUCGAGAGGAAAUUUCCAGCGAGUCUUCGCAGUCUCAUUUUCGGCGAGGCUAUUCUUAACGAUGCAGUUGCAAUUGUUCUCUUUGACAGUGUUGCAACACGCCUUCUAGCUGCUCAAAGCGCUGCGCGAAGGGAUACGCAGAGCGAUGUUGAAAUGAAUGCAGUGGCAGCGUAUCAGGCGCACGGAAGCAGACAACUACAGACGAGCGUGGCUGAGAUCGCUUUAACGUCUCCGAAGCAUCAGGACCAGGCACUCGCGGAACCUGCAG